AUGAAAAAGGCAAUUUUCUUCAUUCAUUUGAUUUUUUUUGUAUUUGUUAAUGUAACAUGUUUAGAAGUUAGAAGAGGGAAGCAUAAUAUAAGUUAUGACUAUGCGAUACAAUCUUUGAGGGAUAAUAAUUUAAAAAGACGAGGUGUAGAAAAAAAAAGAAGAAAUAAUAUAUAUUAUAUGAAUAUUAAUUUCCAUAAUAUAGAUAACAAUUUUAAUAAUGAAAUAAGAAAACGCCAUUUUAAUGACAAUGAUUCAAUAAAAGACAAAUUAAAUAAAUUAAAAAAGUUGAAAAAUAUUUUAAAUAAAUAUAAAUUAAAUAUAAAUAAAAAAGAUUUUGAUAAAUUUAAAAAUAGAACCCAAGAAAUAGUUGUAGAUAAAUAUCAUUAUGCAAAGAAAUAUUCUAUAAUAAUAAUUAAUAGAUUGAAAGAUGAUAUGUCUAUUUAUAAAGGGAAAUUAAAAAAUUAUUAUAAUACAACAACAACAUAUUUAAAAGAUAAAUAUUUGAAUAGUUCUAUACAUGAAUAUCUUAGUAGUAUACCUUUUUUUAGCAAAUCAUCUAAUGUUUCGAAAUUAAUAAGUUAUAAUUCUGUAAAUUUUCUAUUUUUAAUAUUUACAAUUUUAUAUUUUAAAAGUGAUUAUAUAUAUACCUUUUUUAAAAAAAAAUAUGCAUUCAUUGGAGAAUUCAAAAAUAUUAAAACAGAUAAACUUGUCAAAAUACAUACUCUAUCAACAUUAUUGUUUUUCUUUUAUAAAUUUUUUGUUCUCAGACUUUUAUUCAUACUUAAUUCUUACAAUUUCUUUUCACAAAAAUUAUAUCUAAUCAAUAAUUUAAUACAUAUACUUUUCUUUUCAUAUAUAUCUAUAUUUCCAUAUUUCCUUGUCCAAGCUAACUGGGGCAGUUUCCAUUUGCUUGGUUCCAAGAAGAGUAAAGUAUUGGGAGGUUUAGUCUUGUUACAGCUAUUUUUGAUUUACGCUCGCUUAAUAUUUCAGAAUAAUUUAUGGUUUAUAAAAACAUGGACAGAUGAGCAAUUUUUUAAUAAGGAAGAAAUAAUACAGAAUAUAAAGGAUGAUAAGAAAACGGAUUUUUAUGUCAAAUUAUUAAAUCAGUAUGAUUUUUUGAAAAGAUUAUAUGUUGGAAAUAAUAAAAUAUAUGAGAUUGUAUUAUAUUUAUAUAAAUAUAAAUAUUUAUUAAAUAUUAUAUCACCUAUUCAUUCCUUAUUCUAUAUAUACAUUGCUCAUUCUAUAUACUUUUAUUUAAAUAAUUUAUCUUUUGCUGGUAUCUACGUUUCUUCCUUUUCCUUAGUCUUAUACUUAAUCAAAAUAUUGUCCAACAAAAUUGAUAUGUAUUAUUUGACGAAAUUGUAA